AUGCCCUGGUCAGGGCUCCAGGAGACUCCUCGGCUGCUUCUAACUCCUCCUCAGCACAGCCGGCUGCCAGCAGCCUUUGUCAGAGUGAGACCAAAGCCGCGGCAGCUAUCAAUUCUGGCGCCCGCAGACUUGAGAGGAAGGUGGGCGGGUUUUAGCUCCGAGGAAGGACGCAGAGAGGACGGCGAGGAGGCAGUACGUGACUCGCCGGCCAGCCCUCGUUCCCUCCGAGUGGGCAAAGCCGAGGGCGCUCUCCCAUUAGGAGAGGGCGGAGCAGGGGCCGAGGAAUUUGAGCACCAACCAGGUAGGGUAGGCUGACACAGGAGCCCGCACUCCUCCAAUCAGAAGACACGAUCUUGCACUAGGGCAGGGCCACGGGCUGCGUGCUCCAAUGACAGCGAGCAAGCGUGGGUGACGGACGGGUCACGCUCCUUCCCUUAACUCGGCACACGCCGCGGGGGCGGAGUUUUUCCAUUCUUCCGAGGUGGGGGGCGGCGGCGUCAUCAGUCUUUUCUCCCGUGAUCCACUGCGGGGAAAGGCGGUAGCGCUGCUGCAGGAGCAGCACCAUCGACGGCGGUUCUUCCAUCCGGGUCUUGGGUGGCGCUGGGUCAUCCUUCUGCAGGUACCGGUGUGUGUGUGUGAGAGAGAGAUGGGGGAACAAGGGAGGGAGCGCUGAGGGAAGAAGCAGCAGCGGUCCUUCCAUUGAGGGAGCCGGCGCUGUUCCGGUGCGCGCGGGAGAGGGAAGAGCCCCUUAGGUUACCCCCGAGCUCCCGGCUACGGAGGAGCGGGGCAGAACCUCCGCUUUCCCUCUUCGCGUUCCAGUCACAGAUCCUCUCCGCCGCCUCCUUCCCCCUCAGCUUCUCUAGCCCGCUUCCCCGCUCUCUUCCAUUCUCUCUCCCCCUCUACCCCUCCCAUUGCCGCCGCGCCUUCCCUGACAAACCUGAGGCUCCGGGAAACCCCGCCCACUAAGCGACCGCCGAUUGGCUGCUCGGCAGUCACCCUCCGUUGCUGUUGGCCGAGGGCGCUUGGCUUGUACGCAUCGCGUCACUUCCCGUAGCAAGUUCGCGGUGGGCAAGAGAGAGAGAGAGAGACCUUGGCUUGUGUGAGGGCGGGAUGGAAGGGAAGAGAGAAAGUGGGUGGGGCGCGAGGUGAUGCUGCGGCGGGGACUCCCGAGUAAGAUGGGGGAAAGCCCCGCCCCGUCUCUCUCCCUCUCGGCACCCCUUUUUCCCGCCUACUGCCGGCCGAAAACCGUCGCUGCUUCCUUCUCGCGCUCAUCCUCCUGCGCCCCCCCCGCCGCCGCUUCAACGUUCCCUCCCUCCCUCCCAUUGGCUGGAACGUUGGGCCCCGAGAGCCCCUGGGCGAAGAAAGGCCUGCGAGGCGGGGCGCCCUCCCCCCCCCCGGGCAUUCUACGGUGGACGGGAGGGAGGGAGGCAGGCAGGGGAGGAGGAGCAGGAGGUGGGCUGUUUCUUGGCAAGCGGCUCCCUUACCACGAGGCGCGCCGCCUCUCCUUCCCGCGCGUUCUCCUCCCUCCCUUGUGCCUGGCAUCGCAAGCUGAGGGAAAGGAUCGUGCGCCCGCCGGCUUACCUCCGAGUAAACCGCCGGCCUAGGGGCUCAGUAGGUCUUCCUGCGGCAUCAAAUGCCCGUUCUGAGACUGGCAGCAGAGUAGGGCGGGACUGCGGGGUGGUCUGCAUGUCCUUGGGGGCUGGAAGGCUGCAUUAACUUUGUAUUGUAUGUAUGUUAACUUUGGAAAUCGGGGAAGGUGAGUGGCUUUCCCAUGCUGUGGCCGCUGACUCUUUUUGUUUUACCACCGAGUUGCUGAUGGGAGGGAGAAAGGGUAGGACGGUUUUGGAAGGUGGCACCUCUGGCACAGCUUAAUCCUCAAAUUCCCAAUUUUAGAUAGUGGCUUAUGGCAGUUAGAGCUACAUGUUCCAAAGCUUCAGACCUCUUUAGGAUAUGGGGUGGAUGUGUUUUGUCCCUUGCAGUUCUGCUGCUGGGCUGCGUUCCUUGUUAUAUCCCAUUUGUGGGUAGGUAGAAAGGUUGCAAAGCGACUCGUUUGCUUUCUCUGGCAAAACAUAAAUUGCAUUGGUAGGAAAAUAUGAUCAUAUAGAUUGACAGUCUGUAAUAAUAUCUGCUUCUUUACAGUUGAGGAAGGAGAAACAUUAG